AUGGCUUAUACACUGUUUGUGAUAGAACUGAUAUCUGCUUUCAUAUUAGCAGCGACUUUGCUGUACAGAUAUGGAGACUGCUACAGGAACCACAUAAUAGUGACUGUGUCAGUGCUGACAGCAUGGUUCUUCUCCUUUGUGAUUAUGUUUAUCCUGCCAUUAGAUAUAUCUUCAACUGUAUAUCGGCAAUGUAUGGAAAACGCAACAAAAGUAACGCAGACUACGCAAGCAGCUAUUGUGAAUGGCAGCACUACAGUGGCUACUCCGAUCCAUGAAUGUCAAAAGCCCUAUAGUUUUAUGAGUUCUGAUGUGUUUCCGAACCUAUGGAGGGUUGUGUAUUGGACGUCACAGUGUCUUACAUGGCUCAUAAUGCCAAUGAUGCAAUCCUACAGCAAGGCCGGCGACUUUACAGUUAAAGGAAAAUUAAAAUCAGCACUGGUUGACAAUGCCAUAUACUACGGAUCAUACCUUUUCAUAUGCGGCAUCCUCCUUAUAUACCUAGCUCUACAACCAGGCCUGUACCUCGACCCGCCGAAGAUCAAGGCCAUAGCAUCAUCUGCCAGUAACACAUGGGGUCUGUUCUUAUUAAUCCUUCUUCUUGGGUAUGCCUUAGUCGAAGUGCCUAGAAAUCUAUGGAAUAAUUCGAAGAAGAACUAUACAUUGACGUACUGUUAUUUCAAGAUAGCUAAGCUUAGUACAGACAAGUGUGAGGCAGAGGAAACUGUUGAUGAUAUUUUAGAUAGUCUUAAAGCUGUGACUGCGGCAGUGGGUUCUGGUCACCCGCUACAUCGUCAUGUGGAGACCAUAGUUCAGAAGUUACCGAUACAACUGCGCGACAGACUGAACGGGCGCGCGCAAAUGGACCGACCCACACCGCCUUCAUUGAAAUCUCUAGUCAAUCUACAUAAAAAGACCAUCAAAGCUCUCCACGUGCUCCAACGCACGGAGACCCAGUGGGGUCUGAUGCUGCAGCGCAUCUUCCACCUCGAGGAUAUCGCGACCAACCAGCGCUCGCCCGACCACCGCUUCCAACAUACGUUCCACACGCCGCGCCCACGACUGCAGAGGAUUUUCUAUCCACCUAUAAUUGAAUGGUACUGGGAAUGUUUCCUGAAGCAGUACUUCCUGAAGACGCUGGCUGUGAUCACCGGCAUCAUGUCCAUCGCUGUGGUCUGGUCCGAAAUGACCUUCUUCUGCAAGAAGCCCGUCCUGUCCAUAUUCGCCAACAUUGUUAUAGCGUUCAACGAGAAUUAUAACUAUUCGGCUAUCGAGGCAAUAUCAACAAUAAUAAUCGCCUACAUGUUCUACUGCGCGUACUCCACUGUGCUCAAGAUCCGUCUCCUGAACCUGUACUAUUUGGCGCCUCACCACCAGACAAACGAGUACAGUCUCAUAUUCUCUGGCAUGAUGGUCUGCAGGCUCACCCCGGCCAUGUGUCUGAACUUCCUCAGCUUGAUACAUAUGGACUCGCAUGUUAUUAAAGAACGGGUCAUGGAGACUUAUUAUACACAGAUAAUGGGUCACAUGGACGUCGUAGGCAUUAUCGCGGAGGGUUUCAACAUCUACUUCCCGAUGCUGGUGGUCCUGCUGUGCGUGGCCACGUACCUGUCGCUCGGCAGCCGCCUGCUCUCGCUCUGCGGCUUCCAACAGUUUGUAGGCGAUGACGAGCUUACUACAGACUUGGUUGAUGAAGGAAGGGAGAUUGUUAAGAGAGAGAAGCGAAAGCGUCAGCGCGCUGAAGAGUCACUGACGCGUCGUCGCGACUACAGCGAGAGGUUCAACAACUACAGGUCCGCGCGCGACACACAGGAUGGAGCCCACACCGGGCUUCUCAACGACGUGGAUUCAGAUUACUACGUGCAACCGAGUCCUGAGCGCAACCAACCGCAGCUGACCGGCUACCAGAGGGCCGAGGUACCCUACAACAGGUCUAACCUCACUCUAGAAGAUGAACUGGACCAUCGCUUCGGGGAGAGCACCCUCCCCUCCAUAAGGUCCGAGUUUGAUGACCGGAGGAGAGACAAAAUGACGAUGCCCCCUCGAGGACUGUUCGAUGAUGUUUAGUGCAAUUUACGCCUGUUUUUGUUGAGGUAUUAUUAUUUAUUUUAAAAUAAGAAUGCUUUUAACUUUUUUUUGUUAUAGAAAGAUAAAAGCAGUUUACGAGUAUUUUUUUUUUGGUUUAGUCGAUUUAAUUAUUUGUUGUGACUCCGUUCGUAAUCAACAAUGUUGUAUUGGAGUGAAAUCAUUGUAAAAUUUAUAGAAUUUCGUAUAAAACAAUUCAUGUAAAGUGGUAGCUAAUAUUUCAAAUAAUACCUAAACAAGAACGUCAAUUAAGUUAUUGUAAUUAGGUUUAAAUGUUAUUUGUAAAUAAAUGUACUUGAAUAUUUUACAAGAUACAAGCUUGGGUUUUUGCAAUAGUAUUCAAUUGAUUUAUUUUAGGUACAAAUAUAAUAAAUAUGGCUUACGUUUUUGUAUGAAUAAAAAUUUACAGCUUGGAGCUAAAUUAGUAACAACUUGAAAUACUUAUCUAAUUGCCGAACAUGUACUCCAUUUGAGUAGCUACUAAAAAGGAAUACAAUCUUGUUAAGUCUUUUUAUACAAACUCAUUCAAUAAAUAAAAUAGUUCAGUGGUAUAAUACAUUUUAGUAGUUUUCAUUUUUAACUGAAAUUUUUGUCAAAAAGACACCAAGGUUCUUGCAUAAGUAGCUAGAAAAAUGGAGUACAUAUCAGUUUAAUAUUGCCUUUAUGUUUCAUUUUAACAUGUUUAUAGUUCACAAUAUCGACGGAUUCUCCCAAUUGACCGUCAAUCUAGACCGCGAUCAUGAAUUUUGAUCGCGGAUCGUGAUCGAGAGUGUUCGUGUACGAGACGCCAUAACAUAAUUCAGAGCCUUUCCUUCAAUUUUUAUAUUAUAAACACAGAGAUACACUUUAAUAAAUAUUACAAACUUUAUAUUUUUAAUCUCUGACCUAAUGCUUUUAUUAGUCUUUAACGAAACACUGUUUUGAAGCACUCUUCAUGUGAAUGAACACCAUUCCUGUCAAAAUCACAUUUUUAAAUGUUUGUUUAUUCUUAUUAUAUGUUUUAAAAAGUGUGUAGAUAUAUAAUAUACAUAUAUGAUGUAAUAAUUAGACAGCAUAUGUCCGAUGUAACCAAAGUGUAAGUGACAAAAUGAGCUAACUUUUUGUAAAUCAAUUGAGCUUUGUAAUGUUAGAACAAUCUUACCAAAAGUAACUGAACAUUUUUUAUAAAGCAAUUGUCAAGGCAGUAAUCCUCGCACUAGUCGAACUCCAUUUUUAAGCGUAGGACAUAUAUACCUAAUUUUUGUGACAGUUCGCUAGAACACCUCCGUCACCUACUUUGAUUUCUACUCAAGAUAAUUCUACGUGUAGCACUUUUGUUCUUGCCAUUUCUUUUAGACACUUGGCCACUAGCCUGACACUGGUUUUAAUGACCUUAAUGUUAGAAGAAGACAAAGUUAGAUAUAUACGGAUAUCACUAUCUCUUUUACACAUUUGAAUGGCAACAAGAAAUCUUGACACCCCACUUGUACUUUUCAAUUUCGAUUUUAUUGAAUUCAUCGUUCUUUCAAACAUAUCUUAUAGAAUAAUCAGUUUAAAAUAAUUUCAUAGGUCUAACCAAUGUCUCAGAAGUGUCUCAAAUUUACAAAACUUAUCGAGAUUAUCACAAUGCUGUAAGUACGUAUAUAAAGGUUAAUAUAGUAUGUAUUAUUUUGUGUGUACAUAAUUACUUAUUUAGCUUAGGCAAUGUUUUUAUGCUAACGAAUUAUUUUGUUAAAUACUUUAUUUCAUUCCAUAGAUUUAUUGAAUGCAGUAGCAUUAAACCACUGAUGUGAUAUUGUUA